AUGAACGCAGCAGUUGAUGUCGUUGCUAGUGGACAAAUGGGGUAUAGGAGGGCCGCAGAACAACAUGGUGUACCCCAAACAACUUUAGAAAGAUAUGUCGCGAAAAAAAGAAAGGAUCAACAAAACUUUGUUGUUGAUAAAUCUGUUGGAAAAUUUCGCAGCGUUUUUUCACAAGAACAGGAGAUAGAACUCGUCGACUAUUUAAAAUUAUUUAAUCUAUUUAAAUUCAAAAAAAGACUUUUUGGCUUAACCAUGAUUGACUUUAGACGUCUGGCUUUUCAAUUAGCUAUACGAAAUCAGUGUCAACAUAAAUUUAAUGCUGCAUCUGAAAUGGCUGGCAAGGAUUGGAUGCAAUGUUUUUUAAAACGCCACCCUACUUUGACGCUGCGAAAACCAGAAUCAACUUCUGGAGCUCUAGCUAUGGGAUUUAAUAAGGUUGCGGUAGCACAAUUUUUCCACCUUCUUUUGGAAACAGUAGACAAAUAUAAGCUAGUUGGUGAACGCAUUUAUAACUGUGACGAAACGGGGUUGACUGUGAAUCCAAAGGGCCAUACCAAAAUCUUAGCCUUGAAAGGAAAGCGUCAGGUUGGCACCCUAACUUCCGCCGAACGAGGAAAAACCAUAACUGCUGAAAUCUGUUUUUCUGCUGCUGGAGCAUAUAUGCCACCUAUGCUUAUUUUUCCAAGAAAACGGAAGCAACAGUCAUUUGAGUUAGGCUUGCCACCUGGUUCAGUAGUAGAAGUUAGUGAUUCUGGAUGGAUAACCUCUGAACUUUUUUUAAAUUGGUUUAAGCUAUUUGUUACGUUUUCUAAAGCAACAAAAGAAAAUCCAGUGUUUCUUUUGUUAGAUGGACAUGCAACCCAUACCAAAAAUAUUAACCUAAUUUCGCCUGCACGUGAGAACGGUGUAAUAUUAUUAUGCUUUCCACCACACACAAGUCAUAGACUGCAACCGUUGGACGUUUCCUUCAUGAAGCCGUUAAGUACAUUUUAUGAACAUGAAACUCGGACAUGGCUGCGUUGCAAUCCAGGAAAGGUAAUAACCAUACUUCAAAUUUCCACGCUUUUUGGUAGUGCCUUUUUAAACGCAGCCACCAUGAAAACGGCGAUAAACGGAUUUCGCAAAACUGGUAUUUUUCCACCCGAUGAAAACGUUUUUACCGAAGUUGAUUUUUUACCAGCUGCUACCACGGAUAUUACAAACAAUACCCCUCCAUCAGCCAAUGAUCCUUCUACUCACCAAGAGCUCAUACGCCAACGGAACCUUCAAUUUCAAUAA